AUGAAGUUCUCGCAUUCGCUGCAGUUCAAUUCUGUGCCGGAAUGGUCGUCGAAGUACAUUGCGUACUCGCAGUUGAAGAAGUUGAUCUACUCCUUGCAGAAGGAGAAGUUGUACUCGUCGACGCCUGAUCUCAGCACCGCGGCGUCUGAGUCGAGUGAGUUGCAGCCGCUGCUGGAUGUGCCAGAGGAUGAGAAUAGCUCUUAUGUGAGGAGGUUCGUGCAGGCUCUGGACCACGAGGUGAAGAAGAUAGAGAAGUUCUACCUGUCGCAGGAGACCGGUCUCAUUGCCAAUUACAACGAGUUGAAGGAUGACGUGCACGAGUAUGAACAGGAGCUCACGUCCGCGAAUUUCCUUUACCCGUCCCAGUCUCUAACUGGAGCAGUACCUACUGGCGGGAAUGCAAAGAAACUGCGCAGGAGGAGGCUGAGUAGCACGUCCUCUAUGGAAUCCAACAACUCGGGCCUUCCUUUGUCUGUUGACUCCGCACCGGGUGCCAUCGUGCCUCCAGAACAUCAUAGACCCUCCAUAGAAGCACAGAAGUCCAGAUCGAGCACGGUAAACAACAACUCUUUGAACCUGUCCAAUUUCGAGCCCUUGAACCCACAACUACAACACAAAGUCACUUUGAAAAAAAGGUUAGUGAUGGUAUACACCCAGUUGUCAGAACUAAAGGACUUCAUUGACUUGAACAAGACUGGUUUUACCAAGAUCUGUAAGAAAUUUGAUAAAUCAUUGGAUACAGCAAUAAAAAAACCUUACUUGAAGCAACUUGAACUGAAGACACAUGUGUUCAACCCGGAAACUUUUGCUAAGAUUGAACAGACUAUAAGAGAGACAAUUAUCACUUAUGCCAGAUUAAGUGAAGACCAAUUGCCCAUCACCAUUGAAAGCAUCUCUCAACAAACCGGGAAUCCUGAUGUAGAACACCAAGCAUUGGCUCUGGAGGAAGACGAGUUGGUUGAUUAUGAGAACGCUGAAAAAGAGCUAUCUGAACACUUACGUGAUCAUGUAGUGUGGGAAAGAAAUACAGUAUGGAAAGAUAUGAUGAACCUAGAGAGAAAAUCUCAGACAGCAAAGACCCAGGAUAAAGGACCAGGUUCCUUUGGACAAUUCAGGAAGAAGAAACUGCUAAUCAAAGAAACUGAUGAUGGAGUCGCCUUUGAAACCGGUACGGAUGCAGCCGGCAAAAUUGUGCCUCCAGUGACUAUUUCCGAUGCCGUGAGGUUACCUCUAGUGAAUUAUGUGAAACUCUUACUACAGUCUCAAAAAGCAGUUAGUUUCCUAUUCAUAUUUUCAAUCUUUUUGAUCUUGCUAAAGUCGUCACCCUUUGAUGACAUUAAGCAGAAAAACUGUUUUGCCAUUUUAGUAUUUGCAUCCCUACUUUGGGCAACUGAAACAAUCCCAUUAUUUGUGACGUCACUACUAAUUCCGUUCUUGGUUGUGGUUUUGCCAGUAUUGAAAGAUCCAAAUACUGAUGGGCCAAUGUCAGCCAAAGAUUCUUCCCAGUUCAUUCUAUCAACUAUGUGGUCUAGUGUAAUUAUGCUUCUUUUAGGUGGUUUUACAUUAGCAGCAGCCUUGUCUAAAUACAACAUUGCUAAAGUACUAUCAACUUAUAUCUUGUACUCUGCUGGUACUAACCCACAUUUAAUUUUACUAACUAACAUGGGUGUUGCAUUGUUUGUGUCUAUGUGGGUGUCUAAUGUGGCAGCUCCGGUUCUUUGUUAUUCAAUUAUUCAGCCAAUGCUGAGGACACUCCCAACAAAGAGCACAUAUGCCAAAUCCUUAAUAUUGGGAAUUGCACUUGCUUCUAAUAUUGGUGGUAUGGCAUCCCCUAUAGCAUCUCCUCAAAAUAUUUUUGCUAUUGGUGUAAUGGACCCACCACCAUCCUGGGGGGAAUGGUUUGUGGUAUCUAUUCCUGUAUGUACUGUAUCGGUCGUGGCGAUCUGGUUGCUGUUAACGUUGACUUUCCCAUUGGAGUCCUCCUUGAAGAUCUUAAGAUUACAUCCUACCCAUGAUCCUUUUACAUUAAAGCAAUGGUUUGUGUCCAUUAUUUCUAUCACCACAAUCGUUUUAUGGUGUCUGUCCAAUAAAUUAUCUGGUGUUCUGGGUGAGAUGGGUAUAAUUUCCAUUAUACCAUUAGUAGUGUUUUUCGGAACAGGACUUCUCACUUCAGAUGAUUUCAAUAACUUCAUGUGGACAAUAGUGAUUUUGGCAAUGGGUGGCACUACUCUAGGUAAGGCAGUUAGCUCAUCUGGUUUACUAUCAACUAUUGCGUCAAUGAUAAAGGAAUCCGUUGAAAAGCAACACAUCUUUGUAAUUGUGCUUAUCUUCGGUCUCGUAAUCUUGACUAUGGCUACAUUUGUUUCGCAUACAGUGGCGGCGAUGAUCAUAGUUCCUUUGAUGGGUGAAAUAGGAUCUGAUCUCCCUGGUGGGGACCAUUCUCGUCUGCUUAUCAUGGUUGCAGCAUUUUUAUGUUCAGGUGCAAUGGGUUUACCAACUUCUGGAUUCCCCAACGUAACUGCAAUUUCAAUGAUUGAUGAAGUAGGAGAUCGGUAUCUGACCGUUGGCACUUUUAUAAAAAGGGGUGUUCCCGCUGGGUUUAUCACUUAUUUUGUUGUUGUUACGCUAGGAUACUCUUUAAUGAAACUAAUUGGCUUGUAA